UAUCCAAGCCAAUCACGUGUGAAUCCUUCUCCAUUUCCCCUCAAUAAUGCAACCUUAUCAUCUCACUGCCACUAACUUCAUCACGACUCAUCAUGUCAACUGCACCAGUAUCCUUGCCCAAAGCCUCAAACAUCUCAACCUUCAAAGCUAACCAUAUAACCGUACACUUUCCCACCCCCUACCCCAAGAUCCUCAACCGUUUCCGUGCCCUCGUACCCGCACUCCAACCCCCGGGCAUCCUCCGCACCCAACCCAAUGCCGAGGCAAUAAUCAAAUUAAUUAAGUCCACGAACACGCCAUCCGACUUCGUAUGCUUUGCUGAGUUCGACCACGGGUCGUGGCUACACCACUUCCUACCACCCACCGAGGAAUCGGAGUCUGAAUCAGGAACAGGUCGACGUGUCCAUCGCUUCCUCUUUGGCAACCCGCUCCUGGCGGCCGCGAUGAUCAAGGAGAGUAUAUAUGCAGGCACGCAUGUACCCCUGGAUUGUGGGUUCGUGGAGGAAGAGGAUGGGAGUGCGACGAUGGUGAUAGUGUUGCCGUUGGCGGGGUUGGCGGGGAUUUAUGCGGGUGAUGCAAGCGGGAAGGUGGAUGUGGAGAGAAAGGAAAGGUUGGAUAGAGCAGUUGGCGAGAUAGAAGGGAAGGUGUGGGGGUUGAUUAGCAUGUUGCAGGAGGAGAAUGAGUAGCGAUGACUUGGUGAGUACUUUGUAUUGCUUUCGUCCAUUGCUUAUUGUAGAUUAAGUGACAUGCAAUGAAGUGUCUGGCGUCUAUUGUACCCGUUGGCUUAUGGGGUUGUAGACGAGGAGUAGUACCGCGGGU